AUGUGUGUUUAGGUUUUUUAGAUCUCAGUGAUGAAUGUUGAUCAGGACAUGCCAUAUGUAUGCACUGCUCCUGGAUGCUCACAGCGCUUCCAAAGAGAAGAUCACCUAAUUAUUCACAGACACAAACAUGAGAUGACCCUUAAAUUCCCUUCUAUUAAGUGUGACAGUAUGCUUUCAGAUCAGACUCCAACUCCGACCCGUUUCUUACGGGACUGUGAGGAAGUGGGCCUCUUUACUGACCUGGAGCUUAACCAGUCACAGGCAGAGGAGGAGAUCAAACCGAACUUUCCUGCACAGGCGUCAGGUCAGAACCAGCCUCACACUGAAACACAGCCUCAGCAGAGUCAACAUCAUCAGUUUCAACCUCAGCAACAGCAGCAGUGCGCACUGGCUCAUCUCAACCAGAACCAGCUCCACACACACAGCUCACAGCCUCAGUCUCAAUGCACUGCCACAUACUCCACUUCAAAUAAACAAUCUGCACCCAGCUAUCUGCACAGCAGACAGACAAAUGCUUUGACUGGGACAUCAGCCAUGAAUAUGGAGGCACAGUUGUCAAUGAACUCUAGUAUGAUUGGUAUACCAGGCCCCGCCCCCUCUGGCUCAUGCUCCUCCCUUCAGAGGUCAAAGGUCAUGCCAGCCCACAGCCAACCUGCGGUUUCCAAUGGCAGUCAGAAUCCUCUUUGCCACAUGAUGGAGAUGAUGUCGUCCCAGCACCCAUUGUCACAUUUACAAUCCGCAUCUCAUCAUCACGCAUACCAGCAGCACUGCCACAGCCAGUCACCGCAAAGACUCGCUCAUCAACAUCAAAGCCAAGACCAAUCACAUCACAGCCACGCUCACCAUUCUCCACCUGCUCAUUUGCAUCCUGGCCCCACCCACCAGACCGCCCCUCCCCUUUCACAUCAGCCGAUACCAACACAGAUGUCGUCCACACCAAAACAGACCCCCUGCCCACAAUCUCCUCCACAGCCGUCCACGGCCAGACGCCGGCGGACAGCAGAGGAAGACCCAGAUGAGCGCAGACAGAAGUUUCUGGAGAGAAACAGAGCUGCCGCCACGCGGUGCAGACAGAAGAGAAAGGUCUGGGUGAUGUCGCUGGAGAGGAAGGCAGAGGAAAUUACACACACAAACUUACAGCUGCAGAAUGAGGUGACAUCACUCAGGACAGAAGUCACUCAACUGAAGCAAAUUCUUCUCGCACAUAAAGACUGUCCUGUCUCUGUGAGACAGAGAGAAACACAGAGUGGAGUAGGUAGUCCAACAGGAAGUCCUGUCCAGCAACAUGCCAUCCAACACAACAGCAUCUCAACAUCAAAUUCGACUUUACCACACACUCACCUCCCCCCACACUCACACCACACUAACAACUCACAACUAUAACAUGCUUCUACAUGGACAGAAACUGAUGAGAACACAAAAUACGACCCUUCUUUAGAGCCAUAUGAUCAGGGCACCUAUGACCAAGCAGGUACCCAUCAGUGCAAAAGCAAAACUGAACAGCAAAAUGUUUUAAACUUGGAUUUAUGACUAAAAGGGAAUGUAUGCAUUACAUAUAUGUCUGAAAUGUCUGAAUAGAAUAAUUAAAUUAAAAGUCUGUUUAUAUUUCUGGCCCUUGACAUCUCAGGUAAUCAGUUUUAUUUGACCUCACUGUGAUUCAUUACAGUGCUGGAAAACAAACUGUCUUUUACCCUCACUAAAUUUAGUUUUCUUAUUCUCAGACCUGUCUCUCACCCUCUUUGUACCUCUCUUUCUGUCUUCUCACACUCUUCCUUAUGCUUUUUUAUAGUUGAUCUUUCUCAGGGACACUCAUCUAGUUUUACUCCUAGAGUAUGUGUGCACAUUUGUGUGUAUAUAUGUGUUUUGUUUUGUUUUUGGCCACUUUCAGUGUAAACACUUUGAUAGCUUCAGUGACAGCUGUGUGCUAAAUCCUGAACCUAAUGGCAAAGCCGUGUGAAAUGCAUUGAAUCAGGGCAGUUGUAAAUUUGUAAUUGUAAAUAGGAUUCUCUAGUUUUAUAAAUGUAUGAUGAUGCAGCUAAGCUGAUUGUUACAUGUUUGUCUUCGCUGUAAAUAUUGUUAGAGGCCUCUUGGUGAAUUAUCAGGUAUCACAUUACCUACGAAAGUACUUAAAGAGUAUCAUGUGUUUUUUUUGUUUUAUAAAA